AUGCCUGUUCAUUCACUGCAUGUAUUCGACCGCAAAGGCAAGACUCUUUUUACCAAGUGCUACGCCCAGAAUAAGGCCAACAAAGUUGAUGACGGAGAGCAACUUUCUGAAAAACGAAAACUAGUCUUUGGGAUGCUGUUUUCUCUGAAAGAAGUUGCUGCGAGCCUUUCGCCAUCUUCAAUCAAAGAUAACGGAGUCCACUCUGUACAGACUGGUGCCAGUACCUGCUAUUGCCUCGAAACGGCCAGUGGCCUAAGAUUUGCCCUAUACAUAACCGACGAUGCUGACAAGACACAUGCCAGAUCCAUUCGCAAAGCAAUGCAGCAUGCGUACAACGAUAUCUGGAUCCAGUCGGUUGUUAGAUCUCCUCUAUAUAAUCCCGUGACACCAAAUGUACAGGCGACUAAUUUUGAAACGAAUCUUGACGCCUUUUUGGUAUCGCAGUCUUGGUAUCGAUGA